CUUGUUGCUGACAUCAAGAAGUACACUCUUGAAAAUUACGAUGAACACUACAAUAAACUCUACAGAUACAGAGAACUCCUCUGACGGUAAGUCGAAUCUCAAACAUUUUGCGUGAUUGAUAAAGGGCUUUGAAAGAAAGCAUAGAAUAAUGUAGGCUGUCACGUAAACAUUUUUUUUCCUUAUUCAACUAUCGUCUACUCAUUUUUACUGUGUUUACAAGGCUGAUAUGGCAACUCCUUCCAUUUAAUUCAACUCUUGUCGUUGUAAACGGCUGUGAAUAUACGAAAUUCAUAUAUUUGAACUGCGGAUAAAGACGUGAAUAUGAAAGCGAUCUUCGCAGUUAUGAACGCUACUUAAGCAGUAACGAAAAGAAGGCUUGAAAAAAGAUUCAGGCCUGUACGGGAUACGAAUUCCAUAUAUUUACAGCCGUUUAUUCACCACUUCACGGGUUUAUUUGGAACCAACACAGCGACCAACUCCCAGUUGGCUUGUUAGCUCAGUUGGUAGAGCACUGCAUCGGUAUCGCAGAGGUCAUGGGUUCAUCCCGUACGGGCCUGAAUUAUUUUCAGGCCUUCUUUUCGCUACUGCUUAAGUAGUGUUCAUAACUGCGAAGAUCGCUUUCAUAUUCACGUCUUGCCGUUGUGGCCAAUGGUCGUUUGAGUUGCAUUUUGUCUGUCUUCAACUCGUUUGACGAGAUUAUGAAACAUAUUUUUCGCCAAAUAAGCAAUUUAUUGUAUGGUGUGUGUGCUUGAAAGGAGAGGGUCACUAGAGAUUUAUGUUCAACUGAACAACGUGUAAUUUUACGAUUGUCAUUCCAUGAAAUGCUUCGAAUGGGAAGAAAGCGAAACGAGCCGUUUACAUUGAACUAAUUAUGGUGCUAUUUAUCAACGUAAAACUGGGAAGACGUGAGAAGGAAGCUCGUUGCAUACUGACGUCGCCAUGGUAUGCAAUAGCAGGAUGCUACCAUUUAUCUGCGGUAGUCUCGGUGUAUGUUGAAAGGAAAGGCACGUCCUUGUAAAGAUAUUGCAGCACUGUUUUUCUUUACAGUCGAGGCGUUAAAAUUCAGAGAACGUGUAGCAUCUCUUUUGUCGCCUGUUUAAUCUGUUCAUCGCGAAGUUAGUUAGAUAGCAAAUUAACUUGCACCUUGAAAACCUGUCGGAGGAAAUAACUUUGUAGUAUCAUGGGAUCUAAGCCAAAGUAAAUCACACUCAACGCCAUCAUGUGCUUGUCCAUCAAAUGGCGUCAUGCGAUAAUCAGUUUAUCAAAAACUCUUAAUUUGAAUCCGUCAAAUUUUGACGAGUUCAUUUUAUUGACUUUCUCCCGGCACUUUUUAUCUUGUAUGCGUGUGACCUUUUUCUUCUGAGGUUAGGGGGCUUCAACAUGCAGUCAUGCUUCCUUAGCCUUAGCAUUUUUUCACGAGUUUUAAAUUCAAUAAAUGCCAUUUGAUAGCGAGUCAAUAAUUCGCUGAUUACCAAAAGAGCUUUCGUCAUUAUCAUUACUGAAUGACCACUAAUGCCAUGCUCGUGUGCGUCAAUGGCCUCUCUUACUGUAUAGGCACCUCUUACAAGGCAACUGAAAGAAAGCCGAAAUAGAUAUGAUUAAAACCGAUUAAUGAAGGCAUAAUAGGCUAAAAGAAUCAUUUCUAAUGGACUGAUUAGAAAGUACUUCCAAUAAUGCCAGGCUAUCUUAUUUUUCGUGAGGUUGUUGUCUAGACUCCUUUAAAAUCCUAUUUGGUUCGAAUUUUGGUGCUUUUAUGUCGGAAUCUAAAAAAAAAAUCACCAGAUACAAAACACUGAUUACCAUAUGAAUCAGGAGAAAAUAAAUGAUUUCUUCAUGUUGCGGCCGGUUGAGAGACUAAGCCGUCCAGACAAUAAAAAAAAUGUUGUUCGAGUGUAACUAAAGGUUAAUGAUAUGAUUUUUAACACAGGGCACGGACGCAAAAAAAAAAAAACAUGUAAAUUACUUUUUCAUUCGACGGAGUGGGAGGGCCGAACGGGAAAAUAUCUGACUCAAGAUCAUAAGAUACAGGCUUUUCCAGACCGGCUCUCGUCAACUAGUCGGGCCCCAUCGACGUCAGCUUUCACUCUGGUUUUUGAUAUGGCAGAUAUUGCAAACAUGCAAUAACAAGAAAAACCAAAACAAAACAAUACAGAACAUACCCCUCUGUUUGCUUUACACAGGGCAGUCACCUGGCGCCAGCUCUUUACAUAAGACGAUCUUCACAGUACUGUAUUCGAUGACCAUAUUUGUGGCAGUGGUCGGAAAUCUUCUUCUGAUCUUCAUCAUCAAAAGAAGACCAGAAACAAGAUCGCUGACUGGUUUCCUAUUUGUCAACAUGGCCGUCGCUGACCUUCUGGUGGCUCUGAUUGCUAUGCCUGUCUCCCUGCAUAUCCUGCACGAUGGUGGGGUAUGGGCAACGGGAAUGUUUGGACAUGUCACGUGUUCGCUUACGUUUUUCACGUUUUAUGUCACACUCGGCGCAUCCAUUUUAAGUCUGUUGAUUAUGUCAGUGGAUCGUUACUUUGCAGUUGCCCGUCCUCUUCACCGUUUUGAGACGUUUCGAAAGGCUAGAGUCCUAAAUGUGUUUAUUUGGUUGAGUGCAAUGAUUUUCUCCAUUCCAGCUGCUAUUAUUUGGAGGCUUGUUCAUUGGCCUCAAACUGAGGGUUUGGUUUGCGGUCCAAAAUUUGGCGAGCUUGGCAAAUUUGGGACGAGGGGUUUCUACACUUACCUCGUUCUAAUUAUGUACCUGAUUCCACUUAUCAUAAUAAUUACCCUUUAUUCUCGGAUCUGCCUCACGCUUUGGCACCGAAGCAUGCCAGGUGAAGCUUCGUCCGAAAUUGAGAAACGUAACGAGAUUACGAAGCGAAGAGUUGUGCGCAUGCUCGUCAUAAUCACUGCUGUUUUCGCUCUUUGUUGGUUCCCGGCUCACUUUUUUCAUUUACUUAUUGCAUAUCGUCCUGACGUCUAUCGGAAACUUCCAUAUUACGUAAUGACCCUUUGCUUCUGGUUGGGUCACGCAAACAGUGCGGUAAACCCAUGGCUGUACAUGAUGUUAAACGAGAAAUUCCGCAUCGCCCUCAGUGCUACUGUACGCGGAAGGGAUCCAAGAAUGCGAUCCGGCUCAGACAGAACCCAGUCCACCACAAAGUACACUUCAAUCAAAGGCGGCAAUUCGUUCAAGACAAGACAGUCAAAUCGAGAAAAAUCCAAAGCAGAAACAUUCAUGUGAGACGAUAUGCACUUAAUCCAACCUAAUGCUUAUCGGACUUUUUCAUGUAAAACCGCCAUCAAAUGUCCUGCUGUCAUAGAAAGCGCGAUUUACAACAUUCAGUAAUUUAGAGUUCUGCGUGCGAUGGUGUCAGAAACGUUGGAGUGCGAUUGAUAGUAGAUGGUUGUCAUUGCCGUUUGACAAAUUUUUCAAUGUUCUCCCACGCAAAGAGAGUCAGCAAGUGAGGGACGAAGAAGAUCGGGUGAUCCUUUGCCAAUAUUUCUAUGUCGAACCUCCUUACCUGAGAACAGACGCAAGAUUCUCAGACAAGAAUUAACUGAAUUAGCAAUAGUUGCAACGAUCCCUCCAUCAUUUGUUACUCAACGGUGUUUGCUAGAAUUGAAAAUCCGUAGGGAGACACUGAUUGAGCCCUGGUGAGCUCAACCUUGACCAGCGCGUUUUUUUGUUUGUUUUUUUUUUUUCGGUUUGGCGGCUCUUUUUUAUCGAAUUUUUUACCCCGUAACCCUUGUGGAUAUAGUAAGGUUUGGUGCCGAAAACACUUUGUUUUGUUUAUUGAUAGUUUUUGUUUAUUAUAUUGUUGUUAUAAUCAUUAUUAUAGAAUGACUUAUCAAAAUCAUGAUGAUCAGCUUGAAAAGAGGGCCACCGUGCUCUAGCCAAUAGUGUUAUCCUAAUGCAAAAAAAUUUGUUUAGUUAUAAAACUGUUCUUAAUUGUAAGUGUGUUUCUUCCACGCCCCACAUUUAUGCUGCCAAAGAAAGGAGACCAAGGCCAGAAUUGCUUUCUGAGAGCAUUCAUUACAAGAUAUAAAAUAUGUUGAGCUCGAAAAAGCUCACGAUUUCAUUUUUUUUCCUUUUUUGCGCUACUUUUUGUCUUCAAGCGCCAAUAACUGAGAAAGAAAACCUUCCGAGGACAUAGAGGCAACCUCCCGAGAUCGACUUCGGUCCGCCUGAAAUUAUUGAGAUCAACCAUGUUGCUCCAAUCAUUUCUUUGUUAAAAAACAACUGGGGGCGCUCAAGACGAAGCGAAACGAAGCGAGCAUUAUGAGCAAGUCCUUCCCCGUGCGUUUCUUAUCCUUUAAAGUUACCACCAGACUGAAGGCAAGACUCGUUUCCUUUAGUAACCCCAGAAGAGUUAGGUCGAAAGAGGUUUUUUUCAAAAACAUGCACAGAUCAUACAUUUCUCUGUUUGUUUACACACCAGAUAAUCCUCGAAUUCGGACGUGGUCACAAUAAUUUUUUACAAACCAAAAAGAGACCGCGGGAACACGCAAUUUUUUUCUUUUUUUAUGCGUCUAGCUAAAUCUCAACCAAUGAUAAAGUGUGAUACGAGCAUGGGAACGUAAUUCUGAGUAUAUGUAUAGUAA